ACGCAUAUCUCCUACGAAAAUGUAUGGAAUCAUAGUUUUCCUAUUAUUUUUCCCAUUUUCUGUCUGCUUCCCAGCUAGUCGAAAAGUAGUUUAGCACCGCUUAGCGCGCUUGGGACAUUUCACGUCAAUUCCCCCAGAUGCGUAUGUAAUUUGUUGUACAAAUAUCUUACCUUUACCGGAAGGUUAAAUAAAAAUAUCUAAAAAGUGUGGUUCUUAAAUAAAUAUGUACAUAUAACGAUCAAAUAAGUGAACAGUUCGAUUGAACGUUAUUCCAAUUUUGCUAGUUUAUAUCUGCGUAUUCUUAGCUCACUGAAUGAUUUAAAAAUAAUAAUCUAUUACCAGCCAUAAUAAUAUUUAUGUAAAUGUAUCUAUGACACUUCCUCCAGGAAUAAACCCAAAUAUAUCAACACUGUUAUCAUCAUGAAUACUAUGACAAAUGUGAAGAAUGUGCUCAAGCUCAGUGAAACAGAUUUGAAAGGCGGAAAAAAAUCAUGGCACGAAAUGUAUAAAGAUUCAGCUUGGAUAUUCGUUGGUGGUCUGCCUUACACCCUCACAGAGGGCGAUGUCAUCUGUGUGUUUUCACAAUACGGCGAAAUUGUUAAUAUCAACCUGAUAAGAGAUAAAAGUAGUGGCAAAUCGAAAGGGUUCUGCUUUCUAUGCUACGAAGAUCAGCGUUCAACCAUUUUGGCAGUGGACAAUUUAAAUGGCAUUAAACUACUUGGACGUACUAUACGGGUAGAUCAUGUGGCCGAUUAUAAACCGCCGAAAGAAAAUGAGAAAAUGGACGAAGAGACUUUAAGACUGUAUAUGGAGGGCUGUGCGCCGAAACCUAUGGUGCAUAAAAAGGAACGCUCAUGAAGGAUAGAAAAUAAUUUAAAAAAAUGUACAAAUGAUGUGUAGUAUUUCUACAAAUCAAAUAAAGGGAAAAUACAUACAUAUCUAUGUAUGUAUAAGGGGCUGCCAUAAAUAAAUAAA